AUGCUGGGCCUCUGGCUGGGCUCGUUUCUGGCGGGGGUGCUGCCGCAGCUGCUGCGCGCCACGGUGGCGCCGCCCCCGCAGCUGCAGCCGGCCAAGGGGCUGGGCUUCUGCGCCCGCAACGAGGAGCUGCUCGUCUCGCUGCUGCUCUGCUUCGGCGGCGGCGUCCUACUCUUCACCACCUUCAUUCACCUGCAGCCAGAGGUGCGCGACAGCUUCAGGGACCUGGAGAGCUGCGGCUACCUGUGGGAGAGCCGCGAGGGCCUGCCGCUGGCGGACCUGGCGUUCUGCGCCGGCUUCUUCACGGUGUACCUGGUGGAGGAGAUGGUGCACCUGCUGCUGGACAGCCGGCAGGACCGCAAGCGCCAGCGCCGCCAGCAGCACCAGCAGAGCGCCGAGUGCUCGGCGCACGACAGCGGCGCCAUCGCAGACUUCGCCGCCGCCGCCGAGGACGACGAGGAGGAGGAGGCGGACGAGGCGGUGCUCACGCGCACCAUGAGCCUGCGCUGCUCGCGCCGCGGCGGCCGGCCCGCCCGCGCCGUGGGCGGCGGGGGCGGGAGCGGCGGCGACGGCACGGUGCCGCCCACGCCGGCGCCCGCGGCGCGCGAGCCGCCGUCGCCGCUGCCCGUGCCGCUGCAGCUGCAGCUGCCGCCCACCGCCGCCGCCAGCGCCACCGCGGGCAGCGGCAGCGGCAGCAACGUCUCCACCCAGGGGCUCAUCCGCACCGAGUCCGCUAUAGGCCGUCGCCCCAGGCUUUGCCCGCUGACGGACCGGCGCUCCUUGUCGGCAGGUAUCACGGACAAGCAGUCGUCGCUGCUGGACGCGGGCGUGCGCGUCAACAGCGCGUUCCCGUUCGGGCCGCCGGCCGGCCUGGGGGCGCAGGGAGGCGGGCCGAUGCCGCCCCCGGGCGCCGCCCCCGGGGACGGGCUGCCCGGCACGCCUGGCCGGCGGCGCGCCAGCUCGUCGUGCUCGCUGCGCUGGCUCUUCACCAUCGUCGCCCUCUCUUUCCACGCCAUAUUCGAGGGCCUCGCCGUCGGCCUCGAGAAGGGGGUGGGCGACAUGUGGAUCCUGGUGUCGGCGGUGGCGAUGCACAAGCUGGUGAUCACGUUCUGCGUGGGCGUGAAGCUGGUGGCGGCGGAGACGCGCGGCCCGCUCGUGCUGCUGUACAUGGCGGUGUUCGCGGCGGUGACGCCGUUCGGCGUGGGGCUGGGGCUGCUGCUGGAGCAGCUGGGCCAGGGCAGCGUCACCACGCCGGCCGCCGCCAUCCUGCAGGCCAUGGCGGGCGGCACGCUGCUCUACGUCGUCUUCUUCGAGGUGCUGCAGCGAGAGCGCUCCUCCGACAACGCCGGCAUCCUCCAGCUGGCCGCCAUCGCCUUCGGCUUCGCCCUCAUGCUGCUCAUCCAGUUCUGCAGUGAGUACACGGGCGCUCCGUUCUCUCGCUUUUGUCUCCGUCGCUCUGGCCGUUUCCCUGUAACACUGGGCCAGAUCUAGCAUACCAACGAUUAACUUGGGCUCAAUUGGCAGACGAUAUGUGGCCCACUGUUUUCGUUACUUUUUGGAGUGGUCUGCUGCUGAAGGCACUCAACAUGUUUCAUCAGGAUAUACCAGUUCCAACCGUCG